GUUGUUAAGUCAAGCUGAGGAACAGUUUUGUUUUGAUUGCCCCAUUUGCAAACCAAUCUUACUCUUACAAAAUUAGUACAUUUUCAUAUGUAAGGCAACACUAACUAAGUAACUAGUGGAAACAGUUUGUUGUUUGCUCCGACAGCAGGCAAUUCAGAACUCCUUGAGACAAAUUUAAACUCUUUUAACUUAGAAAACUGAACUUCAAUACUCUGUGCUUGUAAAAUUCAACAAGAAAAGUUUCACUACCCCUACGUUUUCUUCACUAGCUUUGUCUAGUUAGUUGUAGCUGCAUAAUUGAUUGAGGGACACUAUAAAACACGUCCAACUGAAAUGCUAUAUAUGACCUGAGAUCUAAGUUUAGCAUAUGACUAGGUCCUUACAAGUUACAGCUUCAUUUAUGGAAAAAUCAACAUAGUGAUGAAACUGAAUCAAUUUGGCGUAAGUAUGUGGUCUUUGGUUUCUAGGCCAUAAUGCUGACUGUCCAUAGAUACAUAGAAUGUUAAUUUUGGUAUAGUAAUUUAGCUUCCAAUUAAAGAAGUGCUGUUCAAAGUCUACUCAUCAUUUGACUUAUAUAUUCUCUCUUGACAAAUUUAAGUCAGCAUAUUAUUCUUCCGGAAUUGUACCAGUGAAUUAUCAAAAUGAUCACCAGAUUAGAAAUAAGUUUCUACACUCUUCUAGUUCUUGUCUUUAACCUUCUUAUUGACUAAUGAAACUGGAGGAAUAUUCUUGAUUUAUCGAUUUCUUUGUUAUUUCCAAUAAUAAUCAUCGCAGUUUGACCAAUUUAUGUGUACUGAACUGCAGCACUUCUUGAACAAACAUGUAUCCUGAGCCAUCCCUUUAGCACUAUGAAUGAUCAGAUUUUGUCGAAAAUCUUCAGGAGAUGCCCAUAUAGAUUCGCAUUUUAUGAUCAAUCGAUCGAUGGGAUGCUGACUACACUUUUUUGAUUCAAUAUCAAGAAAUGGCUUCAGGUGGUCCCUAAUUAAACUAUUUCAUGAAAAUGAGAUUUCAUGAAUCUGUUCUUUAUUUAGAAAAGCAAUGGGGUCUUAUGCUUUUAGACAUAGUUUCACAGUCUAAAUAUUUUGAUCAUUAGUUGGAAGGCAUAUUCAUGUGUAAUACUCAUGUGCUAUUGUCUCUAAAUAGUUCAAGCCAAAACUCAACUACACAAGUAAUCUUUAACUGGUGGUGCCUACUGAAAAUGCCAAUUCAAUGCACUUCACCAGGAUUCCACAACUUUCCAUUGGCCUAUAUAAACACAUAAAGAGAAGCCUCAACCAUCACAACUCUCAGCAAGACUUGAAACAUUCAAAGCUUUACUCUGCUUUCAAAGUCCUUACAAGUUCUUUCCUUCAUUAUUUGCUCAUCUACAUUGAACUAAACAACCAUGGCUAUCCGUAUGCCUCGUAUAAUCAAGAAAUCCUCUACAGCUAAAAAUGUUCCUAAAGGCCACUGUGCUGUGUAUGUUGGGGAGGAGCAGAAGAAGAGAUUUGUAAUUCCUAUAUCAUUUUUGAGUCAACCUUUAUUUCAAAACUUGCUUGGUCAAGCCGAGGAAGAAUUUGGUUUCGAUCAUCCAAUGGGUGGUCUUACAAUACCUUGUAGAGAGGAUGUCUUUGUUAACCUUACUUCUCGUUUGAAGAACUGAAAUGGAAACUUGCUUUCACAA